CUUUCCAUCGCCGUCGCCGUCGCUUCCAUUGGAGCCGCCAGAGACAAAUUGGCGCCAUUUUGAAGCUCUGGGACCGUAACCACGGUGAGGGUGCACACGAACGGUGGAGUGAACGGAGAGGAAUCGCUGGGGGUCUUUGAACAGUGACAAAGAAGGCGACUGAAGGAUAGAAACACCCUGUGCCACCAUGGCUCAUUCGAAAACGAAGGGCAACGAUGGGAAGAUCACCUAUCCACCAGGGGUCAAAGAGAUCUCCGACAAAAUUUCAAAAGAGGAAAUGGUUAGACGACUUAAGAUGGUUGUAAAAACCUUCAUGGAUAUGGAUCAAGACUCUGAAGAGGAGAAGGAGUGCUAUCUAAACCUUGCUCUUCAUCUAGCAUCUGACUUCUUUUUAAAGCAUCCAGAUAAAGAUGUCCGCUUACUUGUAGCCUGUUGCCUUGCAGAUAUUUUUAGGAUUUAUGCCCCAGAAGCUCCAUACACUUCUCCAGAUAAACUGAAGGAUAUAUUCAUGUUCAUAACACGACAGCUUAAAGGUCUUGAGGAUACGAAGAGUCCUCAGUUUAAUAGAUACUUCUAUUUGCUUGAGAAUAUUGCAUGGGUGAAAUCUUACAAUAUAUGCUUUGAGUUGGAGGACAGCAAUGAAAUUUUCACUCAGCUGUAUCGGACCUUAUUUUCAGUGAUAAACAAUGGCCACAAUCAGAAAGUUCAUAUGCAUAUGGUGGAUUUAAUGAGCUCUAUUAUAUGUGAAGGAGACACCGUGUCUCAGGAAUUGCUGGACACAGUACUGGUCAAUCUGAUUCCAGCACACAAGAAUCUGAACAAACAAGCCUAUGAUUUGGCUAAAGCUCUCCUGAAGAGAACUGCUCAGGCUAUAGAGCCGUACAUCACUAAUUUUUUUAACCAAGUUCUCAUGCUUGGUAAAACCUCCAUCAGUGACUUGUCCGAACAUGUGUUUGAUCUGAUUCUGGAGUUGUACAACAUUGAUAGCCAUUUGCUCCUUUCUGUCUUACCUCAGUUGGAGUUUAAGCUUAAGAGCAAUGAUAACGAUGAGCGCCUGCAGGUGGUGAAACUUCUUGCAAAAAUGUUUGGUGCUAAAGAUUCUGAAUUGGCGGCUCAGAACAAACCACUUUGGCAGUGUUACCUGGGCAGAUUUAAUGAUAUACAUGUACCUAUUCGCUUGGAAUGUGUCAAAUUCGCCAGCCACUGCUUAAUGAACCAUCCAGAUUUAGCCAAGGACUUAACAGAAUAUCUGAAAGUGAGGUCCCAUGACCCUGAGGAAGCCAUUAGACAUGAUGUCAUUGUGUCUAUAGUGACUGCUGCAAAGAAAGACCUUCUUCUUGUUAAUGACCAUCUUCUUAAUUUUGUUCGGGAAAGAACUCUAGAUAAGCGGUGGAGAGUAAGAAAAGAAGCCAUGAUGGGCCUGGCUCAGAUCUACAAGAAGUAUGCUUUGCAGGCAGAAGCUGGUAAAGAGGCUGCAAAACAAAUUUCCUGGAUUAAAGAUAAACUUCUUCAUAUUUAUUAUCAGAACAGCAUAGAUGACCGACUGCUGGUAGAACGGAUUUUUGCACAGUACAUGGUCCCUCACAACUUGAACACUACAGAAAGAAUGAAGUGCCUAUAUUAUCUGUACGCAACAUUGGACUUAAAUGCUGUCAAAGCAUUAAAUGAGAUGUGGAAAUGUCAGAAUUUGCUCAGACAUCAUGUAAAGGAUUUGUUGGAUUUGAUCAAACAGCCCAAAUCUGAGUCUGGGAGUAAAGCAAUUUUUUCCAAAGUGAUGGUCAUUACCCGAAACUUACCAGACCCUGGUAAAGGUCAAGACUUUUUAAAGAAAUUCACACAAGUUUUAGAAGAAGAUGAAAAAAUUAGAGGCCAGCUGGAGAAGCUUGUCAGUCCAACCUGUUUUUGCAAGCAGGCAGAAGUUUGCGUGCGUGAUAUUACCAAGAAACUGGGCAAUCCUAAGCAGCCAACGAAUCCUUUUCUGGAAAUGAUGAAGUUUCUGCUUGAACGGAUCGCACCUGUGCACAUAGACAAGGAGUCAAUAAGUUCCCUCAUUAAGCUGGUAAACAAGUCGAUUGAUGGCACAGUAGAUGAUGAAGAAGAAGGUGUGUCAACAGAUCAAGCAAUCAGGGCAGGCCUAGAAUUACUUAAGGUGCUGUCCUUUACACAUCCCAUCUCAUUUCAUUCAGCGGAAACCUUUGAAUCCCUCUUGGCUUGUCUGAAGAUGGAUGAUGAAAAGGUGGCAGAGGCGGCUCUGCAGAUAUUCAAAAACACUGGCAACAAAAUUGAAGAUGACUUCUCACACAUUAGAUCAGCUUUGCUUCCAGUUUUACAGCAGAAAGCUAAAAAGGGGCCUACUCGCCAAGCGAAGUACUCUAUCCACUGUAUCCAUGCAAUAUUUUCCAGCAAAGAGACCCAGUUUGCCCAAAUAUUUGAGCCAUUACACAAAAGUCUUGAUCCCAGUAAUCCGGAGCAGCUUAUUAUAUCCCUCAUCACCAUUGGUCACAUAGCUCAGCUGGCACCUGAUCAGUUUGCAGGCCCACUAAAGUCAAUGGUGGCAAAUUUUGUGGUAAAGGACUUGUUAAUGACUGACAGGUUUCCUGGCAGGAAGACCACUAAACUCUGGGUUCCUGAUGAAGAAGUUUCACAAGAGACGCUGGUUAAGAUUCAAGGAAUUAAGUUGAUGGUGCGUUGGUUACUGGGAAUGAAAAAUAACCAUAGUAAAUCCGGGACUUCUACAUUACGCCUUUUAACGGCUAUUUUACAUGCUGAUGGAGAUUUAACAGAACAUGGAAAAUUAAGUAAACCGGACAUGUCACGUCUCCGACUAGCAGCCGGGUGUGCAAUUGUGAAACUAGCACAGGAGCCAUGUUACCAUGAAAUCAUUACCCUAGAACAAUACCAGCUUUGUGCCCUCGUGGUCAAUGAUGAAUGUUACCAGGUCAGACAGCUGUUUGCACAAAAGCUACACAAAGGCUUGUCUAGAUUAAGGCUUCCACUUGAAUAUAUGGCAAUUUGUGCCCUAUGUGCUAAAGAUCCUGUGAAAGAGAGGCGAGCACACGCCAGGCAGUGUCUGGUGAAGAACAUUAAUGUCAGACGAGAGUAUCUGAAGCAGCACGCGGCAGUAAGUGAAAAGCUGCUGUCUCUGCUGCCUGAAUAUGUUGUUCCAUACACAAUUCAUCUUCUUGCACAUGAUCCGGACUAUGUGAAAAUUCAAGAUAUAGAACAACUAAAAGAUAUUAAAGAGUGUCUCUGGUUCAUCCUGGAGAUCUUAAUGUCAAAGAAUGAAAACAACAGCCAUGCAUUCAUAAGAAAAAUGGUGGAAAACAUAAAACAGACAAAAGACGCGCAAGCUCCAGAUGACCCUAAAAUGAACGAGAAACUAUAUACUGUUUGUGAUGUGGCCAUGAAUAUAAUUAUCUCGAAGAGUACAACUUACAGUUUAGAAUCUCCUAAAGAUCCAGUGUUACCGGCACGUUACUUCACACAGCCAGACAAGAAUUUUAGCAACACCAAAAAUUAUCUUCCUGCUGAUAUGAAAGCAUUUUUCACUCCUGGAAAGCCCAAGUCCACAAAUGUUCUCGGAGCAGUAAACAAGCCCCUAUCAUCAGCGGGGAAGCAAACACAGUCAAAGGCAUCUAGAAUGGAAACGGUCAGCAAUGCGAGUAGUGGGUCUAAUCCAGGCUCCCCAGGAAGGAUUAAGGGAAGCACUGAACUUGAUCACGGUGAAAAUGAAGAGUAUUCAAUGAUGUCGUCUCCAAUGUCUUUGAAGAAAGGCGAUAAAAGAGAUGACUCUGACAUGGAUAAACAAAGAGGACGGAAAAAACAGUCUCUCCUAGACCAAGAUGACAGUUUAAGUAUGGAUGAGCUCUCCAAAUCUGUUCAGGAAUCCAAAACCAGGAGCGGCCAGCGGGGUAGAAAGAGAGCGGCUGCUGCCUCAGAGUCCGAUGACCAACAGUGGCCAGAAAAAAGGUUAAAGGAAGACCUGCUUGAAUUUGAAGAUGAACAAAAUAGCCCACCUAAAAAAGCGAGACGUGGAAGACCACCUAAGUCUGCUAAGGGGGGGCCUGCAAAAGAAGAGUCCGCACCAAAGACUCCUAAAAGGGGCAGAAAAAAGUCUGUCCCGGUAGAAAGCUCCCAAGAGGAUGAAGAGGAAGCACUUGAUAUCAGUGAGGAACAAGACUCGGAAAAUGUAGAACAAAAGCCAAAAGGCAGGGGCGCGUCGAGAGGUCCUCGAAAAACUGCACAAAAAUCUGACCAGUCAGAAUCUACUUUGGAAUUAUCUCAAGCUACACCACAGAAAAGACGAGGCAGACCGCCCAAAAACCCUCCAGGACAAGGCAAGAAAAGCAAUGUAGGUCGGCCGAAAAAAGUAGUCCAUAAAGAACCUGAUUCUGAUGACGAAAUGGAUAUAUCACAGAAUAGCCCAGCUCUCAGUGAUGCAUCUAGGGAAGAGGAGGAGACAGAAGAAGAAGAAGUAGUAACACCUGCACCUUUACAGCGUCGUUCUGCUAAAAAACGAUGAAGGAAAAGAAUGAGCUGUUCUGGAAGAGACGGAAGCAGAUAAAAUGCCUGGAAUGGGACGGAGGCUGUUCGCGUUCACGACGGGGUCAUGCACGGACAACGAGAAUGGACUUCAUUACCCCCUCAACUGCAGCCACAAUUGUGUAUCAUCGCUAUGGAUAUUUGUGUGGUUUGUAACGUGUGCUGGACAUGUAGACCUAAAUCUGUAUAUAGCUCCUUUUUUAUGCGUCAUAAAGUGCUUGUAUAGCUUUUAUUUUGCAGCUUUAAAUGACAAAAAGUGGAUGGCCAUCUGUUUUUCCAAUAUGACUGAUGAAAAUGAAGCAAUAUUUGCCAUUGUGUGUGUGUAGUAAUUUCCUUGGCCUUUUACUGUGAAAGAAUUCAUUUUGAAAAGUGUUAUAUUUUGUUCUAGACAUGGAUUUGUUGUGACUCAAAUGGUCUUUCAACUUCUAAUUAUUUAAUGCUCUGUGGACUUUUGGCCGCCCUAUUGGUCUUUCAUGGUGCUCUCCUCGAUUCUUUUUCUUUUGGGUUUUCUUUUUUAUUCAUAAUCCUGAUGUCCAGUAGGAUGACACGACUUGACCUCGUCAGAUUGCUGUCAUUUUUCACCUCGGUAUUGUUGCCAGACCUGGCUGGCUGUAUUGUGGCAUUGCAGAAUUGUAUGAAAAAAAAAAAAAGUUUUAAACUAUUAUAAUUUUUAAAGUGUUUGUGCUAUGAAAAUAAUGUAUUAAAGACGCUACCUAUUUU